AUGACAAUGACACACCAACAAGAUUUGAAAGGUGUAUUCACGGCAAAGGAUUUGGACUUCAAACCUGCUGCCAAGAUUACUAAAAAAGAUUUGAAUGCAGGUGUCACUAAGGCAGAAUAUGCCGUAAGAGGCGCUAUUCCGACCAGAGCUGACGAGCUAAAGGAGGAACUAAAAAAAAACCCUGAAGUUUUGCCUUUUGAUGAUAUUAUCAAUGCGAAUAUUGGUAAUCCGCAACAACUGGACCAGAAGCCUUUGACUUUUACCAGGCAAGUACUAUCCAUCUUAGAGUAUCCGGAAAUUUUACGAGUAGGCCAUGAUAAAUUGGCAUCUUUGAACCUGUUUUCUAGAGACGCCUUGAAAAGAGCUGAGCGCCUCUUGAACGAUAUUGGCGGUUCUAUAGGAGCAUACUCGCAUUCCCAAGGUGUACCAGGAAUAAGGCAAACAGUUGCAGACUUCAUUAGUAGAAGAGAUGGCGGUGAGCCCGCUAACCCAGAAGAUAUUUAUUUAACCACUGGUGCUUCCUCCGCGGCAACUUCUCUGUUGUCCUUAUUAUGUAAAGAUUUUCAAACGGGCCUGUUAAUUCCGAUUCCGCAGUAUCCGCUUUACACUGCAUCCGCAUCUCUUUUCAAUGCGCAAGUGCUGCCAUACUACUUAGAUGAAGAAUCAAAUUGGUCUACAAAUAGUGACGAAAUUGAAAGAGUGGUGCAAGACGCUUUGAAAAAACAGAUCAAACCAUCUGUGCUGAUUGUUAUUAACCCAGGUAACCCUACUGGGGCAGUUCUUUCUGAAGACACCAUUGCCAGGAUCUGUUUGAUUGCUGCGAAAUACGGCAUCACGAUUAUUUCCGAUGAGGUCUAUCAAGAAAACAUUUUUAACGAUGUCAAGUUUCAUUCCAUGAAGAAAGUGUUAAGAAAGUUACAGCAUUUUUAUCCAGGAAAAUUCGAUAACGUUCAGUUGGCCUCUUUACAUUCUAUAUCUAAGGGAUUUAUGGGUGAGUGCGGCCAAAGAGGUGGUUACAUGGAAAUUGUAGGAUUCUCCCAAGAAAUAAGAGAUGCCCUUUUCAAACUCAUGUCAAUAUCAAUUUGUUCAGUUGUCACGGGGCAAGCCGUAGUUGAUUUAAUGGUCAAACCCCCUCAACCUGGGGACGAGUCAUAUGAGCAGGAUCAUCACGAAAGGUUGGGGAUUUUCCAUAAAAUGCGCACGAGGGCCAAUUUGUUGUACGAAACGUUCAAUGACCUUGAAGGUAUUGAAUGUCAAAAACCUCAAGGUGCAAUGUAUCUUUUCCCAAGGCUUGUUUUACCUGAGAAAGCCCUUCGUGAAAGCGAACAUCUUGGCAUCGAACCUGAUGAAUUUUAUUGCACAUCUCUGUUAGAAUCUACAGGUAUUUGUACUGUACCAGGGUCCGGAUUUGGACAAAAACCUGGAACAUAUCAUGUGCGCACAACGUUUUUGGCCCCAGGAACUAAAUGGAUUCAAGACUGGAAAAAGUUUCAUCAGGAUUUCUUCAGCAAGUACCGUGAUUGA